UGUCAAGUCAAAUUAUUUUUCUGGUCGGUGCCGGUGGUCAAAAUCAAAAUUUUUGAUUGUAUAUGAAAUCAUAAUUAAUAAUUUCUUUAAAAUUCUUAAUUAACGUCAAUAUUUUGUGAUCUAAUUUCAACGAAGUGUCACAUUAUGAAGAAAUUAACCACACAAACAUUAUUAUUUUUCCUUGUUAUAAUAGGCGCGUUAAAAUCAGUGCACUCUAUCAGCUGUUAUCAAUGCUCAGGAACAGAUUCAAACCAACCAUUUGAAUGCAAUGAAUUCUUAGAUUCUAAUUCACAAGUAAUACCAACAGACUGUGAGGGAAUACAUGACGCCCAGUUUUGUAUUAAACAUGUUGGCAGGUUUGAAGGAUUGGCUAUAGACUGUUACCAGUGUAAUUCUUCAACAACAAUGGAAUGUGGGGAUGGUCUUAUGAAUCUGGAUGGUGGUGUACUGAUGCCCAUACCUUGUGACCAUGUGUACAAUGCACAGUUUUGUAUUAAACGGACAGGAGGCAUAGGAACAAAGAGAUUCUGUUCAUCUUUGGACUUGGGAAACUAUUGCAAUUACGUCCAACAACCAGGAGAUAAACUUGAGUACCGUACAUGCAUCUACACUUGUGGCACAGAUGGCUGCAAUAGUGCUUCUGCAUUAAGCAUAUCUGCAGCAUAUGUGGUUUUAACUUUACUUGUAUCCAAAUGGAUAUUAUCAUAAGACCCAGCAAAUCACACUGUCUGGACUACUAAGUUUGAAAUCUGCUCUCAAACAAUACAUGAAUGAGGUUGCCUCUGAUUUAAAGCUAUUUUUAAGUUAUUUAGGCAGUUUCAUUGCGUCCAGAUGGAUGAUCUCCAAAAUGCAUUUUUGUAUUUAUGGUUAGAUAUAAGUAAAAAUGACUUGCAAUGACAUUCCAUAGACUACAGAUUACAUUAAGAUUUAAAUUACUUAGGUAAGUUAAUUUACUUUUACAGUUCAAACAAUAAUAUAAAACAAUAUAUUUUUAA